GGAGCACGUCACAAGCAAGAUGGCGGCGCUCGCAGCGUGUGCUGGGUUGGAGACCGGCGGUGCUUUCGAGCCCUGAGUUGGGCCACCGGGUUCCUGCGUCCCUUAGCGGGGCUCGGGGGUGGACGUCGCUGCUCUUUCUGUUCUGCUUCCCGCGCAGACACGCAUGUUGUCCCUGGGUGGCGGCGCGCGCCGGGUUGCGGCGACUUUGAUCCCCCAGACGUGGCUCCCGUGUGCAAGGAACGACACAGCCUCGGCAGCUCGUGACCUCAGCGUUUCGAGAUAUGACGUUAUCGUCAUCGGGGGUGGCCAUGCGGGCACAGAGGCAGCUUCGGCGGCAGCCCGGCUAAAAGCUCAGACUUUGCUUCUCACGCAUAAGAUAGAUACCAUAGGACAAAUGUCAUGCAAUCCUUCCUUUGGUGGAAUUGGGAAAGGUCAUCUGGUGAGGGAAGUGGAUGCACUGGAUGGACUCUGUGCUCGAAUCUGUGAUCAGUCUGGAGUGCAUUAUAAAGUACUAAACAAGCGCAAGGGACCCGCUGUCUGGGGUCUCCGAGCUCAGAUAGACAGAAAGCUCUACAAAGAGAACAUGCAGAAAGAAAUUCUGCAGACCCCUUGUCUGACAGUGUGUGAGGCAUCGGUGGAAGAUCUUCUGCUAAUGGAACCAGAAGCUGGGCAUCCUGGGAAAUGCCGUGUCAGUGGAGUCAUUCUUGGGGAUGGAAGGAAAGUGCAUGCUGGGAGUGUUAUUCUGACCACAGGCACAUUUCUGAGGGGGAUGAUCCUCAUUGGACUGGAAAUGCAUCCUGCUGGGCGGAUGGGAGAUCAGCCUUCCAUUGGCCUUGCUCAGACUUUGGAGAGGCUGGGGUUUACUAUGGGCAGACUCAAGACUGGGACUCCACCCCGGCUGCUGAAAGACUCCAUUGACUUCAGUGUUAUGGCGAGACAACCAGCUGACGACCCUCCUGUGCCGUUCAGCUUCCUUAGUGAAGCAGUGUGGAUCAAGCCAGAGCAUCAGCUGUCAUGUUACCUGACCCAUACCAACCCCAAAGUGGAGCAGCUCAUCCGGGACAACCUUCACCUGAACAAUCACAUCAGAGAGACAACAAGAGGUCCUCGGUACUGUCCCUCCCUUGAGUCUAAAGUUCUGCGUUUUCCAAACCGUGUGCAUCAGCUCUGGCUUGAGCCUGAGGGCCUAGAUUCCAAUGUCAUCUACCCGCAGGGAAUGUCAAUGACAUUGCCAUCUGAAAUCCAGGAGGAGCUCAUCACUCAUAUUAGGGGCCUGGAGAAAGCAAAAAUUGUGCAGCCGGGCUAUGGCGUUCAGUAUGAUUUUCUGGACCCACGUCAGCUGACUUCCUCUCUCGAGUCUCGUCUUGUUCAGCGGCUCUUCUUUGCAGGACAGAUAAAUGGCACGACAGGCUACGAGGAGGCUGCAGCUCAGGGUAUAAUUGCUGGAAUCAAUGCUGGCCUACGAGCCAAAGGUAAACCUCCCUUUAUUGUCAGUCGUACUGAAGGUUAUAUUGGCGUUUUGAUUGAUGAUCUCACAACUCUGGGCACUAAUGAACCCUACCGGAUGUUCACAAGCCGUGUGGAGUUUCGGAUGUCUCUGCGUCCAGAUAACGCCGACAGCAGGCUCUCCUUCCGAGGCUACACUGAAGCUGGCUGUGUGUCCCAAAAGCGAUAUGACCAAGCCUUUCGGAUCAAUACAAUGUUAGAAGAAGGAAUUGAAGCACUGAAGGCUAUUGAGUGCAGCUGUAUCGAAUGGGCUCAACUGAUUCCAGAGACUACCAUAAGUACUCAUCGUAGCUCACUUCUCAGUGCUCUGGACAUCCUUCAAUACCAAGAGGUCAAUAUGGAGAUUUUGGCGAGAGCUUUUCCAGAGCACCUAAAAAAGUUCACUGAAUGGAGACAGCUGGCUCAGAGGCUGAAAAUUGAAGCUGUAUACAAGCAGCCUGUGUCCCUUCAGAGGGCUGAAAUCGAAGAAGUGCGUCGAGAUGAGGCUCUCCAGCUGCCAGAGGAUCUGGAUUAUUUUGCCAUAAAUGCAUCACUAUCCCAGGAAGUGCGAGAGAAAUUGGAUUCCCACCGACCUCAGACGAUUGGAGCUGUCAGCCGAAUCCCUGGAAUUACACCAGCUGCUAUUGUCAAUCUGCUAAAAUUUGUGAAAUUCAGUCGCCGAAGAGCAGAGGGAAUUAAGUAACUUAUUUAGAACUGAUGUCCUAAUUUAGAUGCAAAUUUGCUGGGGCAGUGAAAUCUUCAAGAUCUUCUUCGUGGAGCCAUUGAACUUAUUUGGUCCUAAGCAUGUGCCUAUAAGAUUGUCAAGACAGUAUGAAUGGAUGGAUGACAAACACAUUGGUAGUAAUAGUUACCCCAGUGCCUCUGUGCCACAUCAUGAUGCUGUAAAAAUUGUCUGCAGUCGGAUCAGACAGUAUGCCUCUUUUAAUGCUGGAUGCAACUAGGACACAGCAGUUUAUCUGUUACAAUAGGAGCAUAUGAUAGAAGUAGUUGUACAUGGAUCUCAUUAAUAAAUGUCCCUUGGCAAUCCAGUGCAGGACAAACAA